GACUGUGAGUCACAGAGGAAGGUUAAUCCCAUCCACAUGCUUUCUAUAAGAGUCAUACAAGCCAAGAACAUCAAGUCAAGAGACCUCUUGACUGCAUCAGACUGCUAUGUGCGCUUGUGGCUGCCUUCUGCUUCAAAUGAAAAGCUUCAGACCAAAACCAUCAAGAAUUCUGAUGACCCUGUCUGGAACGAGACUUUCUACUUCAGGAUCCAGAGUGAAGUUGAGAACAUCUUAGAAUUGGCGUUAUGUGAUGAAGAUCCUCUCACCAAAGAUGACAUGCAGUUCACAGUUCUUUUUAACGUUGCUAGAGUCAAACCUGGAAAGACAGUCCAUGAGACAUUUGCUUUGAAAUCGGAGAGAGAGAGGUGCACCAAGAAAUGGGAAUGUUUGGAAGUGGAAUUCAAGAUGGAAAAAAUUCCUGGCCCUCCAGAGCACCUCAUUACCAAUGAUGUCCUAGUGUCCCGUGAAGUUUGCUGCUUGGAAGUGCAAGUGGACAGAAGUGAAAGCAUGAAAUAUUUGAAAGAGGGCAAAAAUGUCAUACUUAUGGUUCCUGCAUCUCAUGAAGGAACACAGAAGACUACAGAGGACAUAAAUACUUUCUAUUUCCAUUGCGUGAAGGCUUGGGAGCCUGUGCUAAAAGUCAGGCUGCAGAAAGUUCCUGAUAAGGAAGAUGACAAAAACAAUUUAAGUGACACCUUAACAGUACCACUGAAAUUUCUCCCUGUUGGACAUAAAGUGAAAGUAGCCCUCCCUGUAAGAAACAAUGUGCCCCUGCAGUUGUACCUCCAACUAAAUGAUUGCUCAGAAAAACUAGAUGUGCGCUUAGGAUAUAAUCUGUGCCCAGAAGAGCAAGAAUUCUUGCAAAAAAGGAAGAGAGUGGUUGCCAAUGCUCUGAAAAAGGUUCUUCAUCUGGAAAGAGAUCUGCAUGGACAUGAGGUCCCUGUAAUAGCUGUAAUGGCAACAGGUGGAGGCCUCAGAGCAAUGUCAGCAAUGUUUGGCCACCUCUUAGCUCUUCAGAAACUAAAUCUGUUGGACUGUAUUACUUAUCUCACUGGGGCUUCUGGCUCAACAUGGACCCUAGCAGACCUGUAUGAGCAUGCUGAUUGGUCACAGAAGACUCUGGAAGGGCCACUCAAGGUGGUAAAAGAACAAGUGACAAAAAGCAAGUUCAACAUUAUGUCUGUGGAGAAUCUGAAGUAUUUUCACAAGGAACUCACUGAAAGGGCAAAAGAGGGACAUAUCUCAUCUUUUACAACCUUAUGGUCACUUGUUCAGGAAAUGUUCUUACAUGAUCAGGCAAGAAAGUACAAACUCACAGACCAGCGCAAGGCAUUGGAGCAUGGCCAAAACCCAUUGCCUUUCUAUGCGGUCCUCAAUGUCAAAGAGGAAAAGUUCAGCACUUUCAGAUUUAGAGAAUGGACGGAGUUUUCUCCUUACGAGGUGGCCAUACCAAAAUACGGAGCCUCCAUUCCUUCAGAAUUUUUUGACAGCGAGUUCUUCAUGGGAAGGCGAGUGAAGAAGUUACCAGAAUCUCGGAUCUGCUAUCUGGAAGGUCUUUGGACAAACAUCUUUACUAGGAAUUUGCUGGAUGGCUUGUAUUGGUCUUCAAAUUCAAAUGAAUUCUGGGAACGAUGGGCCAAAGAUAUGGUAGAUAUAGAUAAACAUUCCCCUGAGGACGAUACCACUGUCAUCAAGCCUCCAUCUUGUUUGUCAGGGAAAUUGUAUGAAAUGUUUCAGGACAUUAUGACAAAGCGCCCGCUGCUGGGAAAGUCUCAUAACUUCCUGAGAGGCUUGGAAUUUCAUAAGGAUUACAGCAACCAGAAAGAAUUUACUGAAUGGAAAGUUCUUAGCAGGGGAAAAAAAAAAGCACUAUGUCUGCGUGCUCUGAAAAAAUCAAUCCCCAGAGCAGCCGUGAGGCCAGCGGGGUCUAUGUCUCACCUGUUCUCUGCCGGGCUGCCUCACAGCCUGCCUGUGAGAGUGUGCCUGGGGGAGUGUGGUCACAGGCCAGAUGUGUCCAGAUGUGCAGUUUAUGUUGGCUAUUUCAUUAACACCAGCGGUGCAGCACUCUUCAAGCCAGAAAGGAAUGUGGACGUCAUUAUUUCACUUGAUUAUGGUUUGGGAAAUGUGUUCAAGCAAUUAGAGAUGACAUAUAGAUAUUGCAAGAUACAAGGAAUCCCAUUCCCCAAAGUGGAACUAAGUAAAGAAGAAGAGAAGAAUCCAAAGGAGUGUUAUGUGUUUUCGGAUGCAGAGGACCCCAGAGCACCUAUAGUAGUCCAUUUUCCCCUGGUGAAUGACACGUUUAAGGAAUUCAAGGAGCCUGGGGUAAAACGCUGUCGCACAGAGAUGGAAGAGGGCAAAGUAAAUCUGGAGAACAGCUGCUCACCCUAUUACCUCAUUAGGUUAAUCUACUCCUCUGAAAAUUUUGAUAAACUGGCGAACCUGAGCAGGUACAAUAUCCUCAAUAACAAAGACCUGCUCCUCCAGGCAAUCCGGAGUGCCGUUGAACGGAGGAGAGGAAGCAGGACCGGGAAUCUACCCAGCCGCUCUGGAUUUGAAUAUGCCUAGGCUGGGUUUUUGCACUGUUUUCCCACUGAAGGCUAUGGCAGUCACAUUGUGACACAUCACAGUGUUCAUUAUUUGCAGGAAACUGCAGAACCUGUACAUUUCUCAUCAUGCCUUGUUCAAGUACCUAGCUUUCAAAAGGGAUUAUUUAACACCCCCCCCCCCAACCAGGUUUUCAGACCAUAACAGCAUCCCACUGUGGUCUUAUUUGCCAAGAAGUUGGGUCCUGAUUAGCAGAGAUCUUCCAGGAACUGCUCCGUGUUAUAAAAAAUUGAUGGUGGUGAUAGUAAAAGUUCUUUGUAUGCCUCUGUUCCCUCCAUACUUAGCCCAUUAUCAGUGUCUUUUGGAUGAUUAAUUACAAACCAAGUCCUGGCCAUUUGCAUUCAGUCGUGUCCGGAUUUUCAGAUAGGCUGAACAGCUAGAUUUGCGCUGAAUUGGUGGGCUCAGCUCUGAAGUCAGGCCAGAGUCUCAUAUAUUUGUGAACAAUGGCCAAACUGCAACGUGCACAGUUACGUUCUGUCUGGCUGAUUUCCCUUGCUGAAUUAGAAAUUAUUCCUUUACUCCAUUCCCCUAAAAGAGUUUGGCACAGGAAUGCUGCUCUAGACUGCCACUAGCAGGGCAGUUACAUUUCAAGGAAAGAUGAUGUUAGCUGCAAGGUGUGAGUACAGUUAUUUUGAGUGUUGGAGGAGGAAAAAUUCUGCAUAAUGCACGAGUGAUUAGAGUGAUUUAUACUGGGUAGUGCCUUUAUGAAUUAAAAUGUCAGAAGUCUGAAACAAGCUUUUGACACCAGAAACUCCAGGGGAAUCAUCAUCUUAGGCACAGGUACAGUUAAGUUAAUAAUAAUGACUGAGAUAUAAGCUAGUGCUCCUUUCUUAAGUAUAUGAACUGAAGGUGGGGUUUAAUAACUCAUUCAUGUAGUACUGAGUGUAUAGCCAUUGUAUUUUCUUACUCAGAAGAUUUUUUUUUCCCUUUACAGUCCUCUAUCCCUAACAUCAUAGGCAAGGUAUUUUUUUACUAGGUGGUACACUAAAAUAGUAGAACACAAAUGAAAAAAAGGAAAUUCUUUUUCACACCUCUUUGCUGGAGAAAAAUGUUUGGAAAAAUUGUUCCUGGUUUUCAUUUGCUUUGGAGUGCAGUGAGAGACAUUACUUUGAACUAGGAGCUUGGAAUAUCUUUAUAGCCCUCCACUAUAUUAAAAAAGAUGGUAGGGAAGGAUGCUAAGCAGUAUGAAACAUCUUCAUCUGGUGCAAACCAACAGAGCUCCACAGAGGUCGAAGAAGUUGCCUUGCUUUAUAGCACUACAAGAUUUGGACUUGCCUUGGGCACAUUUAAUCCAAACACAGCAUAUUCACUGGGACCUCCAAGGAAAAUGUUACACAUUUCAUAUGUACUGGAAAUGCGCUUGGUAUCUAGAAUUGGUUUUAGUCUAGAAUUUCUGAAAAUCAGACAACGAGAAAUACGGGUCUGCCUUUUUGGUAUAUACAGCCCAUAGCCAAGGUCAGAGAGAAGGCAUUUAGAGAAGGCUUCAUUGCCUCAACCCUGCAUCCACUAAAUGCUAUCUUCUGCUGCAAGUAAAGGCAGUGAAUAAGGCAUAAGCUGUCUCAGGAAUAUACUGUGUAUAAUAUUUGCUGAGUUAAGCAGUAUUGUGCAAAAACCUGAGGAGUUUUAACAGCUGUGAAUGCAGUUAUAUAACUGAAUUCAGGCCAUCAGAUGAUAAGAACUAAUCAGAUAUUGGCUACAGGAAAAAUUAAAAAGCCAUUGUGAGCUAAACAGUAAGAUGGCAGCAGGGUGCUAUUGCAGAUGAGCGUUGCACUGGGUGUCCGCAUGUACACAUGUGCCACUGCGUGCAUGCACAAGCACAGGGUGCAGGCUGUUUUCAUGCUCUUCUGGCUGAGCUCAUGAAGAAACCCCUUCACAUUACCCAUUUGCACAGGAUGCAAGCCGCUUCCUGCUUGGCUGGGAUGAGCUGCACCUCCCCUCCCACGGCCCCGUGCGCUCGCUUCAGCAGCAUCCCGUGCUCAACACACCGCAGCUGCUUUGCCUUGUGCCACCGGUGAGCAGGCAGGGACGGGCAAGGAGCGUGUGAGGCUGCCGCAUGGCCCCCUCCCCGUGCCCUCACUGCGGGGUGCACUUGGGGCACCAAAUUGCUGCCUGCCUCUUCCAGUGCUAUGUUAUUACACGGAUGGUGCAAAGGGCUGAGCCGAGGGGAGGCUGAGGCUGAAGCACCUGCGAUGAGUUGCAGGAAUAGCACCCCUUUCUUUUCACAGCGGUGCUCAAAGGCCUUAUGUCAGUGAGGGACACCGAUGGCCUCCACAAGAGACAGGUGCGAUUUAUUUUGCCCUAGAACCAGCAUCUAACUGAAGCUGGGAGACUUGGCCUUCAGGAAGAAAGAUUCGGGGUUGGGGGGGGGGAAGCCCCCAAUUGCCUUUUGUUUAUGCCUCGGCCAUAUCAAUAAGAGGAAUAGCACCUAAUUUUUACACUCUGCUGCUGCAAAAAAUAUCCCUACUUCAUUCAUAGGCUAGAGUCCGUGCUCCUUAACACUCAUGGAUCUUGCAAGCGUGUGCAUGGCAGCAAGUCACUUCACAUGCACUGAGAAAAUGGAGUCUCUUUAAAUGCGCCACAAACUGGUACCUGGGGCUUGUUUGGUGCGUUCAUAAUGCUGCUAAUGCAAACAGAAAUGCCUAAUAAAAUGUGGAAGGGCCAAAAUAAGCAGGGUUUUCAAGUAACCCACAUAGGUUAGUGGAGAAUAACUUUCCUGAGGGACUGUUAAACCCCAUUAUAAAGCAACUGGAGGUGGUUGUAAGAGCGAGGUGGGAGAGUGUUGUAAGGCUCCCUUUGCCCAGGAGAGCUGUCACCUAAGGCCGUGCCUACACUGCUGAAUAAAGUGGGGCUGGGGGCUGCUGUUUAGCCUUGCAGACAAGAGGCACAAACUGGUCACAUCCACUCAUGUGUUCCUUGACAUCCUCAGGCUCUGUGUGGUACCCCCCGCCCAGCCUUAAAAGAUAAUAUCUAUUAUUCACGUGUUUUUGCAUUUCAACAAGUCUGGAGUUAUGUGAGGGCUGUAUCACUGCCCAUCAGAGUGUUGGUGCUUUUUUUUUUUUUUGGUAGCAUGAAGCUGAGGAACUAUGUUCUUGGCCUGAUGGCAUGACAGGAGGACCUGAGGGUGUCUGUGCGGGCAAAGCCUGGCCAGACAGUGCUGGAGGACUCUGCAAGGUGGAGAGAACCAGCCCUGGCACAAUCCUAUCCAUGCAGCUUCUUUGGAGGUGCUGGCUGGCACGUGCCAUCCCCUAAACCACUCUUGCCCACUGUUUCAGAGCAUGCGAAUUUGCACAGUCCAAAUCCCACAGAACUAUGGACAUAGUUACAGUGAAGAAGCAAGGAUUAUCAGAGACCAGUGCUCAGGUCUGCUCCUUGGUCCUGUUUUCUUUAGCAGUAUAUAUGGAGUCUUGGGAACAGAUCACUGAAAUAUCGUGUACUUGUUCCUCAAAAGUGGUAUGUUUAUUCUUUAUCCCAUUUCUUGUCUGGCCUUGUGCCGUGUGCUGUCAAAUGAAGGAGAAAGCUACCUCUCUGCAUCUCGCCAUGAGAAGGCAUGCGUGACAAGGCACGUGGCGUGCUUCUCAGCAGGUCCGUGCUGCUCUGAAGGAUUCACAUCUGCUUGACUGCUGAGGGUGAAUUCACAUACGCAAAAAACUCACCCAGAAUGCGCCUAGAUCCCUGCUCUCAGAUAGACUUGCUUCUGGAAAACCCACACAAAUAUAGAGCUUGCUAUCUGCUGCCAAAUGCAGAGGAAACAAAAGUUUUUCAACUCUCUUACCUACUCUUCAUAGAAAU